UCAAGCCAUCUGCCCACCUUGGCCUCCCAAAGUGCUGGGAUUACAGGUGUGAGUCACCACACUCAGCCCACUCGGUUUUGAGUGGCCAUUUGCUUUGACUCAGCAAACACUUCUGAUGGUAACAAAGCACCAACUGGGUGGCUGGUUUCAAUCCUAUUCUUGCACCCAACACCGCAACAUUUUACCUACCUGGAGCAAAUGCUCUGGGGUCCUGAGGAGCUGGCCACACUGCCCAUUUUGCUGGUGGGACAGUGGGAGGCCCUGCCCUCCUCCCAUCCCACACCACUUAGGCAAGAGCUGUGCCCAGGAAAUGUCACCCGUAACUGGUCUGCACAGACCCUGUCUUCCAAAAGGGUGCUGUGCCUCCAUCAGACCCCAUGGGCAGUACAUUGGUCAAGCACAUGCAAGACACGCCAAGGCCAAGGCCUGACUGAUUUGACAGUAAAGACACAAUAAGCCCCUCUCUUUUGGAGCUUAUUACUCACAGAGUGAAAAUAAGAGAAGCCUGAGGUGGCAGCUCCCUGCCGUCCUGGUGCCACACACUAAAAAGGACAGCACCGAAACAAAAGGGGUCAGAGAGCACGCGCUGCGGGACACCCACUGCGGAGCAGCCCCUGGAGACUGCGCCGGGCGGCAUCCUCAUCUGUGGCUCUGUUGUGGGGGCCGGGGGCAGGCAGCCUCCCCCUCACCAGGGCCAGCGAGGCAGGCAGUGAGGAGCAGUCUCUGGAGACAGAGGGAGUGAGAGGUGGCCUGGGUGCCGCCUGAUGUUCUGGGAGGAGCAGGCUUAGGUCAGCUGCUGUGCGCACCUCUGCGUGGCCUGUGGGGAUCCUGCAAUGGCUCAGGGCCCCACGGCAGAGCUGUCUCUCCGCCCACACAACGGACACACAACCUGACACACGGAAACUCACAGAGACACAGAGAGGCACAUGUGACACUCAAAGACAGACCCACACAAAAGCCACGCAGGAAAGCCUUUUGCCACACGUGCGCACACACACACACACACAGGUGCCCAUCCCUUCAAACCUUGGUGUUUGCCCAGACACACCUGUGUCAGAGACAGGGGACCUGCAGCUCCCCAACACACACCAGUCACCCCACACUAACCUAAGGUGUCACCAGCCAGUCUGGAGGACUUGGGAGGCCAAAUGGAGGUGGACAGUGGCCGCAGAGCAAAGGCCUUCGGUGGAUAGCACCCGACGUGAAGAGCCAUGGCGCCCACCGUGUCCACACACACAGGGACACGCACGUCUGUGCACCAGCUCCCCCAUUCCUACACACGCAUCACCCAUCCCUGGGGCUCUGGAGGAUGAGACCCCUCCCUAAAGACCCACAGGUGGCCCAGGAGUCCUCAUGCCUGAGUGACCCACUGCUCAUGUCCAUGAAAAAGAAAGGGAACUUUUUAUCUGAGGAAUGUGAGCCCCCUUUAAUUAUCUGGCUCACAGAGGCACUGGAAUGAAACAGCAGUCACAUCCCACUCCCACUUGAGCUAAAGACCUCUUGAAGCCACAUCCUUUGUGAGUUCCAAACACGCCAAGUAGACAUAAAAAGCCAUGCGCUGGACACCAUAACCCUGUAGUCCAACACUGUAUAGCCAGUCACUAAGGUUCUCUCUGGAAAGCAGUCAGAAUUCCUGCUGACUUCGUAUCAGCCCACUCCCCGUCCCCUUCAGUCUUUAAAAACUUGCUUGUGAUAAGGCUGAAGGAAGCACUCCCAGGGCAACUUGGUGUGUCCUGGGCAGCUCUCUCAGCCUUGGCCCAGACAAACUCUCUAUAUGAACUGUGGUUCAGUUUCUUUCUUUAGGUUGACAUCCACAUUAGGGGAGCAGUGUUGCUGGGCUGGGGAAGCUGGUUCAGGUCCGAUGUUGCACCAAGGGUGGGAGAAGGGGCCUUCCUGCAUCAGCACCCGGACGAGGCAGAGCAGCAGGUGUCCAAACCCAGGCCUGGCUUGCUCCUGCUGUGGCUCACAGCCCCCAUCCCACCUGGCAGACUGUGGAGCUGAAAACAGCGUUGCCCAGCUGGCCACAGCAUGUAUCAUUAUCACAUGGCGCUGCCCUAUAUCCCCCAGUCUUCACACAGAUACCCUUCAUGGACUGGGGGACUGAGGGCAGGGACACUGGUACUGGUGAAACAGGCAGGCGUCUUCACCCAGGUGCUUAUCCCACUGACGACCUCCGGGGGAGGUUAACAGUGACCGACCAGGCCCAGCCCCAGCUGGCUCCUGGCCACUCACUGCAGGCUCAGCUCCCACAGUCUCCACUCCCACCUCCAGCUCCUGCCAUUCUGAGGGACCUGGAGGCCAGGGUGCCCUGCGCAUGAGCAGCUCUGGGUUGUGGUCCGCCCUCCACGGCAGUGGCCUGAGCGCUUGUUGUCAUUAUUCACUUUAUUAACUCCUGGUUUCUGGCUGGAAGGGAUCACACAGACAUGGCAUGCAGCGGAGCCAAUCCUGCCAGGGACUGAGGAAACAGAUCCUGGAGAAAACCAGAGACUUUGCUGGCGCUUCAGGGGGACCCCAGUUGGCUCAACGCCCCCUCUCCCCCAUAGCCAAUCACUAACCAAUGUUCUUUCUGGAAACCAGUCAUCAUUCCUAACCUGGUGAAAGCAGGGUCAUCUCACACAGCCCAGCCACCCCGCAGGCAGCUAAAGAAUGCCUGGUGAAACGCCAAGUCUGAGCGUGUCUGUGUCCCCAAGCCUUUCCGUGCCGCCUGCUGCUCUUCGGACAAGCCUCCAGCAGCCUCUGUAAUGAGCAGCCCCCGCCCUUGUUUCCUGCGCUGGCUUCCGCAGCCUGGCCACACCGGUCCUCUCCUCCCUCCACCUGACCUGAUACUGGCAGAACCUUUGCAGGAGCCUUUCCUCCACCCGAGCCCCUCCUAUUAAAGCCUGUUCCUAGCCGGUUCAGCCCCAGCCACCAGAAGCCCCCCAGCCCCGGCCCAGCAGCUGGCCUGGGAACAGGGAAAGCGCAGUCUGGGCUCACAGUUCGCGCUGGGGGCCGGGCAGCCUGGGGCGACCAUACAGGCCCAGAUGGGGACUCCGGCUCCAACCGUCCUGGCCCAGAGGCUCUAGGGUGGUCCUGUCUGUCUCACCCCGCGGGCGGGGAGGACGGAGACAGACCCCAGCGCCACUGUUCGACCGCGGAUGGUGCCUUAGACCCAGGUCCUGUGGGCUCCGGCCGGAGCCCCCCACUCUGGGGGAAGGCCGGUGACUGGGAGGAGUCCACCUCGCAGGCGCGCCGGUGCGGAGCCGGGACCUCAGCCCGCACUGACUCAGGGAGGGGUGGGAUUCUCCAUGGUCCUGCGAUAUCCAGGCGGCGGAUCUCGCCUCUAGGGUCGCGCGGCAGCAGGCAGGUGCGAGGCUGGGCUGAGCGAAACCCUCCUAGGAGCCUCCGCGGAGGGGCGGGGCCCCUCUCCUCCCGAAUGACGCAGGGGGUGGGGCGCGGGGCGGGGCACGGCACGCGGCCGAGCGCGCCGCGCUCGGGACUGUCGUAAGAGGGGCGGGGCGCGCUGUGUUCGGAACUGUCGUAAAAGGGGCGGGAGCGCCGCGCUCGGGAUGACGUGAAGCUGGGGGCGCUGUCGCUGUUGCCGGCGGCUAGCGGGCGUUCGGGCCAUGGAGCGUUAUGCGGGCGCCUUGGAGGAGGUGGCGGACGGUGCCCGGCAGCAGGAGCGACACUAUCAGCUGCUGUCCGCGCUGCAGAGCCUGGUGAAGGAGUUGCCCAGCUCCUUCCAGCAGCGCCUGUCCUACACCACGCUCAGUGACCUGGCCCUGGCGCUUCUCGACGGCACCGUGUUCGAAAUCGUGCAGGGGCUACUGGAGAUCCAGCACCUCACUGAAAAGAGCCUAUACAACCAGCGCCUGCGCCUGCAGAACGAGCACCGAGGUGCGCAGGGGCAGCGGGACGAGGUGCCUCCUCCCCGGGGUCGGCGUCUCCCGGCAGCUCUUGUGCUCAGGCAGGCGCUGCGGCAGAAGCACCAGGAAGCCCAGCAGGCCUGCCGGCCCCACAACCUGCCUGUGCUUCAGGCGGCUCAGCAGCAAGAACUACAGGUAUGGGGGGCACAGGCAGGGUGGCCGGCCCAGGUGUCUUGUGGGCACCACCUGGCUCUGCUGACUGGGCUGAGCUGAAGGGGUGUUGGGGCUCAGGCGUGGGUGGCUACCCUGGGCCUGAGUGGGCCAUUGGAGGCCUAGUGAGUCCCACCAGGUGGCUCCUCCCUGAGGGUGCCAGGUGUGCUGGGGCUGGGUGGAGGGUGAGGGCCCACCGUUGCUCCCCUGGAUAGCAGCUGCUCGUGGGUUGGGGCCUCCGCAGAGCAGGUGGCCUUGAGGGGGUACAAGGGCAAUGGUGGGGUGAUGGGGCCAGCCAGGAAGGGGCCCAUCCUUCUCCCAGGGAGCACAGGGACAACCAGAGACUGGCAUGUAACCAACAAGCCAUGGGGCAGGGUGUGCCUGCGGAGACGUUUGUGUGGUCCCAAGGCAGCCCCAAGUUAGGGCAUUCGUGGAAGCCCCUUAGGGCCCCCUUCAGGAGUUCGCAUGGCCGAGGAGAGGCCUGGGUGUGCUGAGGAUGCAUCGGUGGUGUCA